AUGAGCAAACACAUCCUCCGCUCCGCCCUGGAGCUCCGGGCGCCCAUCACGCGCCGCCUCUUCCUCUCCUCGCAAUGCCAACAACCACGAGCGGCGGCAGUAGCAGCAGCACCGCUCCCCGCCGCCCGCCGCCUCUUCAACACCACCCCCUCCCACACCCCAAGCCAGCAGCAGCCACCCACCGACGCCGCCGCCUCCUCCUCCUCAUCACCGCCCACAACCACCACCACCGCUCCCACCGCCACCACACCCGCGCCCAGCGAGAACCUCCGGACCCUCCUCCCCCUCCUCGCCGCCCAGCCGGGCGGCCGCUACGCGACCGUCCACGUCCACGGCCGGCCCUACCUCGUCACCCAGGGCGACAGCAUCCGCCUGCCCUUCCGCAUGCCGGGCGUCCGGCCGGGCGACGUCCUGCGCCUCGACCGCGCCACCAGCCUCGGCAGCCGCGACCUGACGCUCAAGGCCCCCGGGACCGGCGACACGAGCACCUCGAGCAACGCGCCCGCCUACGUCGACCCUUCGCUCUUCGAGUGCCGCGCCGUCGUCCUCGGCCUCGAGAGCGAGCCCAUGCGCGAGCUCGUCAAGACGAAGCGCCGCCAGCGCAGGCGCAAGACGGUCCGCAGCAAGCACAAGUACACGGUCCUGCGGGUGCAGGAGCUGACCAUCAAGAGCAGUCUCUGA